AAGGAAAUAUUCCACUUCAGUAUUAAUGCUACAGAUAUGCUGUGCGACGUCAUUUACCAACCUACGGGAAACAUCCCGUCCUACUUGUUAUGUUUGCUUGUGUGUGGCUUUAUUUCGUAAAGAACUCUAUUAGCUACAGAUUCUGGCUUCCAGAUGAAGCCGGAAGCCCGUUUCUUUUCUCUCCAACUUGACGGACUUCCUCCUCAGCUCAGCUCCAGUUUUGUCUCCGGGAUGCUGAGCAGGAGGGCGGGGCCGUGUUUCCUUGCAGUGCCCUCCCGUAGAGUGAGGUAGCAAGACGGACGAGACAGAGCGGACACAGGGAAGUAGAGCAAAUGUCAGUGCGGUUCGUUUUCAAUAAAGUCGUGAAAAUCUCUAGCAGUAUAUUUUAGAAGCACAAUGGAUUUACUUAACAAUCCAAUCUAAGGUCAACAGCAUUGAAGUCAUCCGUGCAUCCUGACACACGGACAUCUUGUUUCUCUCUCAUCAGGACACCGUAGUGAAAUAUUGGUCUUUCUUUUCGGAUACUGUGUCGUAGUGGGACUCUCCGAACCUCACCAUGGCGUGGCCGUGUAUCAGCAGGGCGUGCUGCAUGGCCCGCUUCUGGAACCAGCUGGACAAGGCUGACAUUGCGGUGCCUUUGGUUUUCACUAAGUACACGGACGUCUCUGAGAUGCAGCACAUCCAGCUGCAGCCGCCGCUCCACCCUCCCCAGGCCCGGGUCGCCAUAGAAACGCAGCCUUCUCGCGCAGAAACCCGCAUCACGACCGCGCCACGCGCGCCGCGACGGUGCGUGUCUGAGGAGCGUGUAUCCAGCUCGGUGAUGCGCGAAGACUUUAAGCACUGGAAAGUGCGACCCGAACCGAGUUGUAAACCUAAGAAUGAGUACCACGAACCGGAAACACCGUUCAACAGCAAGACCCAGUACCAGAAGGACUUCAAGGCCUGGCCCAUCCCCAAAAGGUACGAUCAUCCCUGGAUACCUAAACCGCCUCAAACCACCUCAGUCGGCGACGACAGGUCCAGGCACGUGACGCUGACAGAUGCGGACAGCGGCGUGGAGAAGAGCGCUAUUGCUGACAAGGUGCAGGAGAAAGACCUCCUCCAUGGCCAAGAGAGGAAAAAGCGGUCCGGUAGACAGGAGGGGCCGAAGAAAGUUGUCCUGAAGGUGGAAGGAGAGGGCCGAGGGAGAGCGGCGGCAGAUGCUGUAAACAGGCAGAUCAGAGAGGAGAUUACAGCCGGAAGCUCAUACAAAACGGAAUUUCAGGCUUACAGAGAUGUGAGACCGGCAAAGAUGAUCCGGGCCAAGUCCCAGUACCUGCCACCGGAUGAGAAGACCAGCCUAGAGACCAGCUACAACGCCACCUUCAAGGGUCAAGCCCCACUGCAGCCUGCUGACAACAAGGCCCUAGAGAGGAGGAGGAUACGCAGUUUAUACAGUGAACCUUACAUAGACCCCAGCAAACAGGUGGACAGGUAUAGUGUCCCUCGCUCUAAACGCAAAAAGCCUGGAGCCACAGCGGCAGGCCAAGCCAAGCCCAUGAAGAAAGCCAAAGAUAAGCAGAGUGCUGCACUGAGGGGCUCCAGGAAGGCGACCUCGGAGAACCAGCCUGAGAACCGACUGAUGGUGGGGGACAAGGAGAAAAGUAAAGAGAUGAACAACAAACUGGCUGAGGCAAAAGAGGUUGUGCUAAAACAGUACCACUACAUACAACUCUGCCAGCCAAUCCGAGAUAUUGGCUGGGUCCAGACUCUAAAGCAACACCUGUGGGGCUGUGCACUACCCAAUCCCAGAGAUGCUAAUGAAGAGGUUCUCCGACCCAGUUAUCAUCAUUCCCAGGGUGCUGCUGGAGGAGAACCACAACCACCACUGGAAAGCCCCGAACCUCGGAGGAGCAGCGGAGUCGUACGCUUUGCUCUAGAUGUGAACCAGACUGAGUAGUUGUGCGCCAUAAAGAAUAAGGCAGCUUCACAUUUAUAUGGAGACUGUUGCUCUAUAAUGUAAAUAUCUAGUAUUUCAGCUGAAUUAGGAGGUGAACAUUCCUCUGUCCGUGAGGAAGCCCACAUAUGUGAAACAUGCAUGUUUGAAAGAGUUUUUGGCUCAAAGGUCCCAACUGUUUGACCCAUGGCAUUAUUGCAAAGGUGCUACAUCAUUUUAUGGUUUCAUGCAUUUUAUUUUAAUGGAGUAUGUCAAUAUUGUUAGAAAUACCACACCAUAAAGUGCUUAUACAACGGUUACAAAAACUGAAAUGUACAUCAGUUUUAGUGUUAAUAAAUGAACAUAACUUGCAGAUUGCCAUACUGUAUUUUAAUCUUUGUUGUAUGAUAGGAAGUGAUGUAGACUUCAGCAUGUGGCUUACAGUAGAAGCACAAGAGUCCUAAAUCUAGAUACAAAGUGACACAUGAAGUUUAAAUGUGUAACGAGGAUGUGAAGUCUUCCUUCACUUGGUAAGUUUCUGUUUCACCAUAAAUCUGAGUUUAACACACAUACAUAUGUACGUUCAGGGUUUUGUAAUCUCACAAAUCAUUUGGAAGCCAGUUGAUGUCCGGUAUGCAACUUACAAGUAUAGUGUGGCAGCUCGAACCCUUCAGUGUGCAUAUAUGCUGAGAAUGGACUUUUCAGUGAAGUAGGAGACCUCUUGUAAAAAUGGAAUUUUAAGAGCAAAGUUAUUUAACCUUUUUGUGGACAAACCAUAUCAGAUGUAGAUUAAUAUUCAGAAUAUUUUUAUAUGU